AUGCCUAAAAAGAUGACUCGUAUUAAAAAUUCGAAAAAAAAGCAAAAUGCUUCAAAAGCGUCAAAUAUUGUGAAUGAGCAAGAAAGUCCCAUAGUAGUUAAUAAAGUUCUAGACUAUCGUUGUGUGAAUGGAAAUGAUGUGUAUUUACAACAAUAUCAAGUGGACGAACAAAUUAAAAUAAAUUGGAUGAAAUAUGAAUCAAUGAUCGGAUGUGAUAAUUUAAUUCGUGAUUACUGGUUACGUGAAAGAAGUAUCAAUCCAUUAGCUUCACCAUCAGGUUCCUCAAAUAUUUUAGUAGGUUCUGGAUGGUUACAAUUUCGUUCUGAAUGUGAACAAUCAAAUAAUAUCGAUAGUACAGACUUUAUGGAUGAUCUCACUCAAACUAAUGUAACAUUUACAAAUAUCGAUAUGAUGAAAAAUGUUGAAAAUAUCUUAUCAAAUGGGUCAAAUAAAAUGAGUACUACAAAUAAGGCUGCCGAUUUUAUGACGAUUUCAAGCACCAGUAAUAGUAAUAAUAAUAAGGAGAUAUCUGCAAAUAACCUGAGUGAUGCAGGCUUGAAACCAAAUAAGAUUAACAAAUUGGAGUGUCUCUCAAAAGAGGUUAAUAGUAUUGACAAUGAGAUCAUUGAAGAGAGUAUAAAACCAAAUAAGAGAAGUAAAUUUACAAAUGUCGAAUUAGAACAAAUUAAUUUUUCUAGCAUCAAUAAUUCGGCGUCUACCGCCGAUAAAAAUUCAACGUCUUUUGAUAAAGUCAAUAAUAAUUCAACGUCUAUCGCUAUUGAUAAAGUCAACAAUUCAACUUUUACCGAUAAAGCAAAUAAUAAUUCAACGUCUAUCGAUAAAGCAAUCAAUAACUCGGUGUCUACCGAGAAAUCCAAUAACAAUAAUUUUGCAUCUAUUGCUAUUGAUAAUAAUUUAAGUGAGAAAGCACGAGGAAAAACUAUUAGCAUCGACAUAUCAACAAAAGAACGCGCUAGCGGUUUUAUUCCAAAGACCUUCUCCACAAAACAUACUCAAAUUUACAAAGAACACGAAGUGGUGCAAACUGCGCCAUCCAAAAAACCUUCAGACGCGCAAUCAACGAACAUUAGUGAUACUGGAACCAAUGAUGAUCCACACCAAACGAAUAUGGAAUGGAAAGGAAGCCUUAUCAAGGGUAGCCUUGUACAAUUUAUUGCUACGGUGGUUCUAAAACCAUUGCCGGAUCAUUGCCCAGAUUCCACGCUCUUUAAUGAAAUAUCGAACAGACAAAAUUUACGAAUAGAACAUUGUAUACGAUUAUCUGAUGCAAUGAAAAUUGUCAAUCCAAACGCUCUUGGGUUUAUAACUGAGCCAGCCAACAUACUUAAAUCAAAGUAUAAUAUAAGAAAAGAAUACAUGUUUAUGAAAGAGAAUAAUAUUGUUGGCGUUAUUUGGCUUAACAAAGAUAAACAACGUUGUCUUUUAGCUUUUGCUAUUUCCAACGAUAUUUGUCGUUUUCUUCAACUCAGGCAUAAACCAAAUGUUCCUUUAAUCCUUCUUGAAAAGACUUUACUUUCCCAACCAACUCCAUCUGUAACCUCUAAAUAUCAAAAAAUAUUUCCACGACAUUUACUGGAUAAUAAUCUUGAUUUACAAAUAUGUGAAAUUUAUCUCAACUUUAUGGAAUAUUUUAGACUUUUAGAAAUUUGUAAAAAUCCUGGUGUUAAGGUUUUAUUUUUUGCACCGGAUCUAAAGCCAGUAACAGUUGAAGGUGGUCAGGUAGCCAUGAAAGAAAAUUUAGAAGCAUUGGAGAUGAAACAUGCCUUGAAUUGUUUAGGUGCCAUUUGUGUAAAUACAUACAGUGAUGAUAUUCAGUGCGUUUUG